UCCCUCCUCCGGCGCAGCUCAGUGAGCGCAGCGCUUCACACGCGCCCACCAGUUUGCCGGUCGUCCUAAAACUUCACUGUGGCGUUUGCGGCUUCAACUUGGGUUCGUCAAAACUUCGUGCGGUCUCGACAUCAUGCUGGAUUGAGCCCGCGGAACGUCGCUGCUCGGCCGGAGGAGGUGUGAAGUGCCUCCGCUCAGGUUCAAAGAUCCCAUCAUGCAGCAGAUCCGCUGAUUAGAGGGGGUGAGAUCCGUUUCCUACAGGACUGCAGUGUUUGCACAGUGACCCGAAGGCCAGCGAAGAGGUCACAGAUGAUCCGGGCACCAUGGAUAUCGGCAACGAUGUGGAUCUCUCCAACAAAAACAUCACCCCGCUGUGGAGACCCCGAGGGGACAUUCGUCAAAACCACCACGACUCAAGCAAACCAAAACCCCGACCCCUCAGCUGCCACACGAAUGGGGUCAUGACGACGGACUUCCCCGUGGAGGACAACAAGUGCUCCUUCACCCUGAGCCAACCCGCCGAGAGGCUGGUGGUCGCCGCCCCGAGACGGGGCGAGAACACUGUGGUGCUGAAGCACGUUCUGCACAAACCCUCGAGGAAAUCCCGCGUCGUCCGAAGCAUCAGCAUCGGCCACCUCUCCCACGGACUCUUCUCGCUGGCCAAAUUUCGGUCUGAGGAUAGAGCCGCUACACUGGACAAUAGAGUGUGUAACGGAGAUGGGCAGGAAACCAGUAACAGGGGGCCAGCGUGGCAGGAAAAGGACCGCCAGAAACGCUCCUCCAACAUCUUCAGCAUGGGCUCGCGGAGAGAGCAGAAAGCAUUCGGGACGAGUUCCCGCUCGUCUGUUGUCAAUGCGUCUCCCGUCCUCUCUCAACGCACGCCCAACAACAACAACAACAACUACAACUCCCGAGAACUCUCCUCCCUUUCCUACGCAUCCAGCCCCUCUCCUCCCGCCCGGCGCACCCCCACGCCCUCACACAGCUCCACUUCCAGCAUCCCCUCCCUCUCCUCCCUCACCUCCUCGGACCCCCCGACCCCGCGCUCCCCGUCGCCAGCCGACAGAGGACGAGAGGACAGAGGGCGGGCGCCCUUUAGGCCGCCCCCGCUCUCGCCGGCCUCCUCGCAGGACGCCAGGCACGCGUCUUCCUCUUCCUCCAUCUCCUUCGCCUCGCUUUCUCCUUCGCUCUCCCCGUCGAUCUCUCCCUCUCCCUCGCCCUCCGUCGUCCUCAGCACCCACAGCCCCGCUGCCCUGAAGAUGGGCACGCAGCAGCUCAUUCCCAAGGGUUUGGCGUCUGACGUUCGGCAAAGCAAGGCGCCUCCCCCCGAGCCCCAAGGCCAAGGCGUAACGGGCUCGCUGGGGUCGGAUCCUUCAAAGCGGGCGUUAAAGGCCCUCAGCAUGGUAGAGACAGGGACAUACUUCUCUACGGGUGGGGGUCACUCCGAGGGGGCGGAUGGGGAAACGGAGAGCCCCGGGACGCUGAAGAGGGGGCUGAGGAGUACUUCCUACAGGAGGGCAGUUGUGAGUGGAGUAGACAUGGAGGUGCCGUCGGUAGACGCCAAUCGGUUGUCCCAGUCCGUCAUCCGGUGGUUGGAUGAGGAUAGGACGGAUUCACCGUUCAGCCCAGCAAGUCCUGGAGCUACAAGCCACCAAAGCCCAGGUACCGCUGAGCCCGCCAGCCCCGGGACACCCAAACUGGCCGUCCACAAGGUUUCAAAGCCUGCUGGCCCUGGGAGUGAAAAGCCGACCAGCACGGGGAUAAACAAGAGUGCAGACAAGAAAAAGCUUUUAACCACUCAGCGGACGUUUGACAGUGAGGAGGAAGAGCUGUACCAGAACUACCAAGAGAAGGCCUUACAUAAUGACUCGGACGAGGAUGCCGAUUCCAGAGAAGCCAAACCUGACAACGGCAUCGUGGUGCAGUACAGACCCAUCCGCACCUCCUGGAGCCAGCUCAGUGUGGUGAAGAGAAGUGGUCUUUCUGAACGGAUGACUCAGGACGAACGCAAAAGACAAGAGUCCAUUUUUGAGGUGAUCUCGUCCGAGCACUCGUACCUCCACAGUCUGGAGAUCCUGAUCCGCAUGUUCAAGAACUCUGCAGAUCUCAGCGAGGCCAUGACCAAGACCGAACACCACCACCUCUUCUCCAACAUCACCGACGUCUGUGAGGUCAGCAAAAAGUUCUUCAAGGAGUUGGAGGAGAGACACCAACAGAACAUUGUGAUCAAGGACAUCAGCGACAGUGACAAGCGCGCUCAGUCCAACUUUUCCCGCGUCACAUAUUGCUCCAACGAGGUCUACCAGCAAAGAACCCUGCAGAGGCUGGUGUCCAAGAAUCCAGUUUUUAAGGAGGUGCUGACCAGGAUAGAGAGCCACCCAGACUGCAGGAACCUCCCGAUGAUCUCCUUCCUCAUCCUGCCCAUGCAGAGGAUCACUCGCCUCCCACUGCUCAUGGAUACAAUUUGUCAGAAGACUCCAAAAGACUCUGCACAAUACGAAGAGUGUAAGAAGGCUUUACAAGCAGUCAGCAAGGUGGUACGAAAGUGCAAUGAGGGAGCUCGCACAAUGGAGAGAACAGAGAUGAUGUACACCAUCAACUCUCAGCUGGAGUUCAAGAUCAAGCCUUUCCCCCUGGUCUCAUCCUCCAGGUGGAUGGUAAAGAGAGGAGAACUGACUGCCUUUGUGGAAGACAGCGGCAUCUUCCUCAAACGGACAUUGCGGCAGCAGGUUUAUUUCUUCCUCUUCAAUGAUGUUCUCAUCGUCACGAGGAAGAAGAGUGACGAGAGCUACUCUGUGAUCGACUACGCUCUGAGGGACCAGAUCUCGGUGGGUUCCUGCCAGCCGCAGGAUCUCAACCUGUCACCGGUCAGAAGCACCGCCAGCAUGCUGAGCCCGCGGCAAGCUGGCGCCAACCACCUCUUCCGUCUGCGUUUCCGUAGCAACCACUCCGACGAAAAGGUGCCCAUGGUGCUGGGGACGGAGUUGCUGAAUGAGCGUGCGCGGUGGAUCAGCGCCCUGGGCCAGAAUGUCAACAGCAGCAAGAGUCAGGACAGAACCAACGUCAUGCAGGUGGAGGUGAUCAGAACGUACACAGCCAAGCAGCCGGAUGAGUUGUCCCUGCAGGUGGCGGAUGUGGUGCUGGUUUCGCAGACCGUAGAGGACGGGUGGUAUGAAGGUGAGCGACUGCGCGACGGAGAAAGGGGGUGGUUCCUCGCAGAGUGCGCCCAACCAAUCACGUGCCAGGCCACCAUCGAGCGCAACAUGCAGCGGAUGGACCGCCUGCAGGGGUUGGAGACCAAUGUAUGAGCCGGAUGUGCUUAAAAAACAACAACAACAACAACAACACAGCGGGCUUUUCUCAGCGAUCCCAAACAAAUACGUUCAGUAGCAACGUCGCCGACCUGCCUUUCAGGGGCCAGGUGGACGCGGCGGGGCUCACAGUGGGAUGAAGAAGCAGCACGUAGCUCUUGACACGUCAGCGUUCACGCCGAACACAAGACGAAGAAGAGAUUGCUGAUCGCAAUUGUGGGUGGAGGCGGUUACAUUCUUUCAUUACUGGCUCAGCGAAUAGACGUCACACGCAGAGUCACUUCCCCGCUACUCAACAGCUUUUGGUGUGAAAUUUGUAAAUAUUUUUACCCCAACGUACUUUUCGACGAGCGCUAUGCGAUAAUUGGAACUACGGAAUCACCAAAGGAGGUGAAGUAGACACCAGCGGCGUGGAGAUGACAGCCGCCUGAUGUGUGCUCUGUUAAUGAGGAUCUUCGGGCCGUGUAAUUAGGAGCUUGUAACUAGGAAGAUGUUGACUGUGAAGGAGAUAAUAAGGAUAGACGGAGGAAUUGGGAGCUUCUUCACAGCGUGUUAGUGUAGAAGUUUCAGUAGCAUCAGAGACCAUUACAUCUAUGAGGAAGUUUGGUUAGAAAAAUGAAGGCGACGUGGCUUCAACUGAAUGUCCGAAUCAAUUGAAUGAGGAUUACGGUUCUUUGUAUAAUCUCAAGACAUCAGUGAUGUUAAGUAGAAGGGCCGGGCAUCCGUCCUCUAGCUCGCUGUCUGUCCCCGCCAUGAAUCAGGCUCUACAUUUGUGUCACAGAUCCCAUUCUUCUUCCCAUUGACUCAUUGAGUUGGACAGCAUGAAAUAUCACGUGCCCUGGAGGCCAGCCAAGGGGUGUAAAUAUCCUCCCCCCCCCCCCCCCAUCCCCCACCCUAAGGAUUUAUAACUGAUGUUACAGAGGCAAGCUGAAUUCAUGUGUAUGUGUGUGUGUGUGUGUGUGUGUGUGUGCGCGCUGAUGGGGCGACCGGAAAAGAAGCGCAGCCCUGCUUUUAAUGUGAUCGUCCAACAUGAGUCAUCCUUUUUUUUUAAAAAGUGUUGCCAUGGCGAGCCAAAGGAAACGAAUGGCUUGGUCAGAGCGUGGCGGUAACACCAUCCAUUAAGCUCACUGCUCCGGCCCAACCCAAAGUGACAACCUCAACCGGUGGGCUACAUGGGGGCGGGGGGGGGGACACGGGUAUCCAGGUGAAGCUUUGCAUUUGCACUCAGGGAAAAUUAGCUCUGCGAUACCACGCGUAAGCAUGAAAUUAUCUUUAUUUCGAUGACUUCCUGUACUUAUUUACUAUUGUAAAUCAUCUGUGUAUAUGUAAAGCCGCCCUCAGUGGUAACAUGUUUGCCAAAAUACAAAUUUGUAUAGCAGAAACAUGUUUAGUCAACCUUUAUAAAUAUCAGCCACUAUAAAUAAAAGCUUGAUUGCCUGGGA